AUGAAGAUCAUAUAUUGUCAUUCGCCUGAUAAUUUCCAGAAUCUGCAGAUUGCAGGCGAUUUCAGCGAUUGGAAACCGUUGUCCAUGGUCAAAAAUGGAAAGGAUGGCCUUUGGGAAUAUGUUAUAGAUUCGAGAAAACUACCUCCCGACACGGGGAAAGUGCAUUUCAAGUUUAUCGACGACAAUGGGGUCUGGUUUACAGAUGAUGACUAUCCAAAAGAGGUAGACGAACACUCAAACGAAAAUAACGUCAAAAUGCUGACUGCAGAUGAGCGUGAUGAUAAGAUAGAUAUGAACGAGGGGAUACCUGUGGAUUUUGAAGGCCCAGGGAGUCCAGCUCCAUCUCUUGAAGCCGAAAGCGAGGAGAAGAAGGGUGCUGCAAAGCGUAUUGCGACGCCAAAUGGGCCUAAGUCGUCAAGAAGCAAGAGCGCUGUGGAGGAUAAAGAUGAAUCUGUUGGCGGAUCUGCAGUGGUAGUGAAUCACUCUGAUGCGGAGGAUGAGAGACAAGUCGCUGAGAGCUCGGAACGUCCUGACACUAGUGGGACGGCACUCACUGGUAGAGAGAACAAUCCUGAACAGUACAGGGAUGUUCUUGCUAGAAUUAUAGCUUUCUUUACAAAUUUAUUCCGGUCAUGGUUCGGAUGA